AUGUGGGCUAGUGGCGGUAUUUACGAGAUUGUUGAAAAUUUAGCUGCUCUUGCCAGAGUGUUCAGCAUUGUCGCUGAAAUGGCUGAGGGAAGUGCCCACUUUAAAUCAUCAUUCCUUGUAUCCCUUUAUAUUACUUCUGAUUCACCUCUUACCCCUUACCUCCCGUAUUCCGACGGACCCCACCCCACCCACUUUUUUAAUCCCCUCCAUAGUUUUAAGCUAUCUCAGUCCCAAGCAUUGAUUCUUUGUUUACUGAACAGUGGCCUCUUGUAUACAUGCUGCUUGGUUGUUGCAACAGAUUUCCUUCUAUUCCAAGCCGUUCUUGUUCCUGAAGCAUCCUCUGUUCUUUGCUGCUGUUUCCGCACUUUUGGAAUUGCAUAUGUGAGUACCCACAACUGGGUCACUUUCAUGACGGAGGGAAGAGUCCAAGGAGAAUCAGUUUUCUGUACCCAUAUGGCUCCUUGUGACUGGUUGAUGCAGAUUUCUUUGCCGAUUUCGAACGGGCAUGCAUUGAACGUGAGGAAGGACACCAGCGGGAUUCAAAUUGACAUCAGUGGGCCUGAUCACGAGGCAGACGGUGAAGCGGACGACCAGAGCAUGCCUGGCAAGACUAGAGCUGCUGAGGAACCUCAAAGCGUCUUCACCUCAUUUAAGAACGUGAUGUUCGGUUCCAAUACUCCUCAUGCACCAGAGAUGUUAGGUGGUGAUCAUGAUUCUUCUGGAGUUGAACUCUCCAAUGAGAAUAGCAGUGAUUUCCAGCAUCAAGAAGACCCAAAUGAAACUGUUCCUGGAUCAACUAACGACAGUGCUUGUCACGGACCCAGUGAAGAAAAUUCCCAGGAAAAAAUUGAUUUCCACCCUGCGUCUGAACCUCAGAGACUGACGGUCGCAUUUCCCUCAACUCCUGGACAUUCAUCCAUUACACAAGCAGCUGAAGACCAAAGCAAUCCUCCAACUGCACAUUCAACUGACAGCAAGGUGAGCAGCACAAAUAAAAGUCCCUCCAGGCCGUCCUCGCCCUUUAGGCAAGGCCAGGAUGAGCACAUUGGUAGUGUGCAUUCGAUCGCUGGGUCGGGAACUCAAGGGGACGCAGUCGUGAUUGCAACUAAUAUAAGGAGUGCCAGCUUUCAGUCUGCACAAGGGGAACACUACCAGCAUCAAGGUCAGCAGUCAGUUCUGAAUCCAGCAUCACACUCCCAGUCGCAGUUCCUUCUCACCAUUUCUGCGCCAUCCUCGCAAUCAGGUGUGUCAGCAGCCGGUGGUGCCCAAUUGGAGCAUCUUCUUGCUCGUGUGAAGCAUGAGAAGACAGUAUUACGAGCCCUCGCUUGGGAGGAAAGUGCCAAGGCCAGAGCCUACAAUCGAUAUACUAGGGAUGAGUCAAAGAUUACGGCAUGGGAGAAUACGAUGAAGGCAAAGGCAGAAGCUAAAAUGCGGAAGGCCCAGGAGGACCUAGACAAGCAGAGGGCCAACCACAUCGAGAAGAUGAAGAAUGCUGUGGCAAGUGUGCACUGCAAGGCGCAAGAGAAGAGGGCUGCUAUGGAGGCUCGCAGAGCGGAAGACAUUGUGAAGGCCGAAGAAAUUGCCUCUCGCAUUCGAGCAACUGGAAAGAUGCCUCGCAAAUGCUUGUGCGUGUCUGCUUAAAAUCUGAGCAUCCACUACAUCUCUCUCGAUCUUGAAAUCUACCGUGAACAGACGCACAACACUAGAUACCAUGUUCCUCGUAGAAGAACAACAGUAGUAUGGAAGGGGCGAACUCACUCUGCACAUCAUUGAUCCAUGCUGCGUAGAGGUAUCCAGUCUUGGUGGACUAUUCUUGACACCAUGUUUUGUUGAGCAUAGCCAUAUAAUUUUGAAAUUCCGGUUAUAAGUCAUCUCCUUUAAGUACGGAUAUACAUAUACAUAUAUAUAUAUAUAUAUAUCUCCAGUUCUCUAAAGCAA